AUGUCUCAAUCUCAAGCAGCUGCUACUACGGUAGCUCAGAAGCCCAAGACUGCGCCUACCAUUGCUGCGCAACAGAGUGACAACAUCGCGCACGCUUUGGCCGGAGCCGGAGGUGGAAUCCUGUCUAUGGUCUUGACAUACCCGCUGAUCACUCUUUCUACUCGAGCGCAAGUUGAAUCGAAGCGUGCCCAGUCUUCUACCAUCGAAGCCAUCCGCCAUAUCAUCAAGCGUGAAGGCAUCCGAGGACUAUACUCCGGCCUUGAGUCCGCUGUAUUCGGCAUCAGUGUAACCAACUUUGUGUACUAUUACUGGUACGAAUGGACCCGCGCUGCAUUCGAGAAGGCCGCCAUCAAAGCUGGCCGCGCAUCCAAGAAACUCACAACCGCCGAAUCCAUGAUCGCAGGCGCCAUUGCCGGCAGCGCCACGGUUAUGAUCACCAACCCCAUCUGGGUCGUCAACACACGUAUGACUGCCCAGCGAUCCUCCACUGAAGAAGGAGGUGCCAAACGGGCCAAGACUACUCUGGAGACGUUGAAGGACCUCUUGCGCCAGGAAGGUCCAGCUGCGCUCUUCUCCGGUGUCCUGCCGGCCCUUAUCCUGGUCAUCAACCCUAUUCUGCAAUAUACCUUCUUCGAGCAGUUGAAGAACGUUGUUGAGCGAAGGCGGAAGAUGACUGCCACGGACGCCUUUUAUCUCGGCGCUCUCGGAAAGCUACUUGCUACUUCCAUCACCUAUCCAUACAUCACUGUCAAGAGCAGGAUGCAUGUUGCUAACAAGGAUGGGCCAAAGGAGAGCUUGAACGAUAAGUUCAAGAAGAUUAUCAAGGAGGAAGGAUGGGCUGGUUUGUACAAGGGAAUUGGCCCCAAGGUCAGCCAAAGCGUGCUCACCGCAGCCUUCUUGUUCGCAUUCAAGGAUGUCCUCUAUGACAGCAUGGUUGCUCUCCGCAGACGAAGCAUCCGCAAGUAG